GCAGUGUUUGAGGGAGUCGAGUGCUGGUGAACGAAUAUGGCGGGACUGAGGCCGGCGGUUGCUGCGUUGUUUCUUCUCCUGGUUGCGGCUGCGUCAUUACGGUGUGGCGCAGAGGGUCCCGAUGAUGAGAAGGGGGAGGCGAGGCCAAAGAGCCCGCUCGGUGACAUCGUGGAUCUCCUCUUCCCACCGCUACAUGCCGCUGGACAGGCGGCGGAAACGCUGCUGGAAACGGCGGGCAACAUGCUCGGCGAAGGCUUCCUCACGCCGGAGGUGAGCGACUACAUGAUGGGACCAUUUGACCCGCUCGAGGCCGCAGAGAGUCUGCAGGGCAAGCUGCAGGCGCUCACAAGGCUCGGACUUGGUCCGUACAGACUGACACAAGGGCAGACAGACAGACAGACACGCAGGCAGGCAGGCAGACAAACGGUGCAUGGGUGUUGGUCAUUUGUUUGUUUGUUUGUGUGUUGUGUUGUGUCGUUCAGCUGAGUUCACCGACAGGGUGCCCCGUGCCUUCUGGGAGGAUGUGUUCAGUAUGCCCAGUGUGAUGCUCGCCAAUACCCUCGACGUCGAGAUUUUUCAGUACUUCAAGGAAAUCCCCACCCUCAUGUGCCUCGCGCUGGUGGCGCCGCACAUUCUCAGAUACGAGCCACCAGUUCAGAACGCCCACGUCCUGAUGCAGAAUGUGGCCAUCUUCCACGCCGUGGCGGCCUUCACUGACGAUUGGCACGUCUUCUUUGGCCCGGACCGCCGCGCGCCCAAGUACAUGAGGACCCACCACAACCGCCAGGAGGCUGGCGUCCAUGCGUGUUACGAAUUCUACAAGAUCCUCAUACCUCGAGCAGGUAAGCAAAAAACGAACACCACAUCGAUCGGUUGAGCGAUUGAGUGAACGGCAUGUGAAUACAGCUGAGGCUUUCGCGCAAGUGAUGCCGCUGCUGGGCUACAACCCGCUGAACACGGAGCCCGACGAGAACACGCCUGCAGGGAUGGGUAACCUGGUGGCAAGGGAGAGUAUAGAGUGGUUCAAGGAUGACGGGUACAACAGAAACGGCACCAUGCUGCACGAGUACAAUGGCCUGCCUUAUGAGGACUGGACCGGCUACAAGCCUGUAAACGACCCACACGAGCUCGUGUAUCCCACCUACUGGCAGCCACUCAUUGAGGAACAGGUACACAAACACACAGGAGCUGCCCAUCGGAUGGAUGUAUGGCACCGCUCCAAUCGAUGCGUCUCUGUGCAUGUCUCUCCCUCCCUACACAUAGGGGGUCGGCGGCUCGGGCGACCGCUAUGGCUACAAUGUGGUGCAGCAACACAUCACCCCUCAGGCGGGCAGAGUGCGGCCCUUCUUCCUGACGCAGCAGCAGGUCGACAGCAGGAGGUCGCCCCCGAUCUUCAACUGCGUGCAGGACACGCCACACAAGAGGGAUCCGGGCCACCAGGGGGAACCGCCAGGGGGUGAUGACACAAGCUGUGUGGAUGUGCUCAAGGAGAGGGCCUGGAAGGUCAUCGAAGAAUCACUCGAGCUCGACGGUCGGUGGCCGGGCGGCGGAUGUGAUUGACUCAUGGAGGGGCAGACUGGCAUGACUGACGCGUGUGUGUUGUCUUGUGUGUGUGGCGGUCUGUCAGAGAAAAAGAAGGCGAUCGGAGAGUAUUUUGAUAAUAAGGUGAGAGUAAGCGAAAUAUGUAUACAGUAUACAGUAUACGUGAAUCGUCUGUAUAUGGUCUUUGUGUCGGCCUGUCUGUCUGUCUGUCUGUUUUGCUCGCGCAGCUGCUUUCCCUCGGCACGAUACUCACCCAGCUCAUCAAGGUGAGCACAGCACACCAAGCAAAUCAUUCUACGUGUCGGUGUUGUAUGUGUGUCACGUCUGUCAGCCGUUGGACAUGACCUUUGAAGAGUUCACAGUCAUCGACUUGGGCUACACCGGGCUGCUGCACGACGCCACCAUUGUGGCCUGGAAGGAGAAGAUCUUCCACGAAGCCGUCAGGCCGCAGUCCUUCAUCCAGCACUUCUUUCACGAUGAAAUGUACAACGUUCCCACACGUGGAUGGAUGGACAGACAAACAUGUCUAGACGCCUGUGUGUGUUUGUGUUGUGGUUUCUGUGUGUCAGGUUCCAUGCGUAUGUGCCAAAGGAGGGCGUCAAGCCGAUCAUGGGCAGGGACUGGAAGCCGUAUUUGAGGACAAUGCCACACACAGGUGCGAUCGAUCGGUGCCGCAAGGUGUGCAACUUUCCCCUUAUGGAUGUCUCUGUGUCUCCCUUGGCUCGAUCGCCAUCAAUUCAUCACUCCAUCAGAGUAUCCGUCCGGCUCAACGUGUUUCUGCCGCGAGACAAUGGAGUUCGCAAAGAUCGCAUUUGACGGCUUCGACAUCAACGGCAAGCUGAGGGCAUAUUUCCCCAAGGGGUCAUCCCUCGUCGAGACAGGCAUGUCGCCAACGACAGACCUGAUCGUCGAGUGAGUAACCACACACACACUAACAUGCAGCUAAAUGACACAUAAAAUGGAUGGAUGGAUGGAUGCAUCUGCCUUCAGGUGGGAGUCGUUUGACCAGAUAGCGGCUGUGUGUGCCAAGAGCCGCGUGUGGACUGGCGUGCACUUCGAGCCCGCCAUUGACCCACAGCUUGGCGGCAAGCUGUGUGACGGCAUCGGCGCGAUCGUCUUUGAGCGCAUAAAGGAGCACAGCGGCAACACUCUCGACUUCAAGGACAGGCAGGGCGGGAGCAAGAAAUAUGCUGACUGACUGACUGACUCUGGCCGGCACCCACACAUCACAAUCAAUGAUGUGUGUGGGUGUCUGAUGUUUUGGUUCGUUUAACGUGGCGAGGUG